AUGCUCUAUACAGGACGGACAAAAGUUAGCCAACUUGGAAGCACAAGUUAUUUUGAUCUCCAGCAACAGCCAGAUGAAGACGACGAUGAAGAGAGCGCACUGUGCAUAAAGGGACGAUCACCGUAUGGAGCAACAGCAGCAACAGCAUCUCCAGCAGCUGCUCCGCCGUCACCUCCUCCUCCUCCAGCCGCGCAGUCUACUGGCCGUCGAUCGAGAUCGGGCAAGCGGGAUAAUACAUUCAUGUUGGAUGAUUUUGUACUACCAGCAUUAGAUCCAAAAGCGCAAGAGGUGGCUGCUGCUACUCCUCCCGUUCCCGCUCCUACUUCUGAUUGUACUUGCUCUCCGCCAUACCGCACAAAAGAUUAUCACCAGCAUCAGCACCACUAUCACCUACACAGUUAUCAUGAACGUCCUUGGUUCAUGCGCCGCAAACCUGCUCAAGUCAAUCUAAGCACAAUUAGAGCCAACUAUAGAAUCAGUCGCAAACGCGCCCGUGACGAUAAUCCUAAGGUGUGCGGCUUCAUUGACGAUUUUAAACAUUACUUUCAUUACAACGUUUACGCUUCGAUGGUCAAGUCUAUUCUACUAGCCAAUCAAACUAUUGUUCUUUUUGUGAAUCUGGAUCUCUUAGCCGAUUUACUUUUGUGCUGCGCCUACUUGUUAGAGAUUAAACAAGGUUAUGAUGUGGGUCUGUCCCCACACUGGCUUUUCAAGAAACGAUCACAUGAUUUAUGGAUUUUCUGCCAAGUCCUUUCUCUAUGGAACAUGUGCUCCUUUGCUAUCCGUUUCCUGAUUAGCCGAUAUCCGGUCUCCGUGCUUCUCAGCUUUCGAGGGCUUGUCGAACUAACCACCUCAAUUCCAUUUUUGGUAUCACGAUGUCUACCUUAUGGGCAAUACAUCUAUGUUCCAUAUUUUUUGCGGAGUUGGGUAUGCUUAUUGCGCAUCAAGAGUGCGCUUAAGAUCAAAGUAACCCUUCGGAUGACUGACAAGCCAGUUGAUGCAAUCAACUACAAGCAGAUCUAUCUCGUGGGCAUGAUCGUUGUCUUGCUUUAUAAUGGCAUGGCGGCGUUCCAGUUCACCGAGGCUAUCUUUGGUGGCAAUCAUUACAGUGUGCUCGAUUCACUGUAUUUUGUUGUAGUAACACUAUCGACCGUCGGCUAUGGAGAUAUUACUCCGGCAGCAUCGAUAAGUCGCGUUGUAAUCAUGCUGCUAAUAUUGAUUACGGUGGCUGUAAUUCCGAGCCUGGUAUCCGAUUUCAUUGAAACUCUGCAAAAACGUGACGCUGAGGGAAGCGUAGUUGUGAAAGGAGCUGAACCAUUCAUUCUGAUUGUCGGUUCAUUUACGGCUGAGCAAGCCAAGGAUACACUGGAUGGAUUUUUAAACAUGGAUAACAUUGAUGGGAAACUUUCAGUCGUGUUUUUGGACACAAAACCACUGACCGAUGAUCUCAAACUGCUCGGACGCAAUUCAGUGUGGGGUCACCGCAUUCAAUUUCUCCACAGCGCUUGCCUUAAUGACAAAGCGUUACAGCGAGCGAAUGCCCGAUAUGCAAAAGCUAUCUUUACGCUAUCUGAUCUGAACGCACCGGAUCCGAUGAAAGAAGAUGAGCAUAAUACGGUGCGAUUAUGGUCGUUAUAUUGCUAUACUGCCCGAUACGACGUCCCCAUCUACAGUUAUAAUCUGUCACCUAGCACUGCUAUUUACCAGAAAGUUGCCAAGGAGGUGAUCUGCGUGCGACAGUUCAACCAGUACUUGUUGGCGUUAAAUUGUCGUUGCCGUGGUGCAUCAACGCUAUUAACGAACUUGCUUCAUCAAAGAGAACCUUUAAACAAUUAUGAUUUACCCUGGGAAGCUCAAUAUGAUGACGGUUCCUGCAACGAAAUUUACACCGCACCAGCAGCUGCAUGCAUCGUCGGUAUUAGCUUUCGCCAUGCAGCUUGGAUCUUGUAUAGUGAGCAGCAAGUCAUCUUGUUUGCUGUUAAGACUUAUAUUCCUGAACAAGACGAAUAUGAAAUCAUAUUAAAUCCCUUCCAAAAUUCGCAUCUCAUCAAGCAAACAGAUCUUUGCUUUUAUAUAGCCCAAACCUCGAAAGAAGUCCAAGACAUCGAGAACCUGAGUCCCUUGUAUGUAUGGCAAAUGGUCCGAUUACGUACCGCGUACUCGGUGUUUCCCGAAGAAGAUAAUCGCAGGUCGAUACAUCAACAAAAUGAAGAACAACCAAAACUCCACCACCACUAUCAGCAAAAUUUGACUUCUACUUUCCCGCCUUCGCCAUCCUCCAGUUCUUUUCAAUCGCCACCUACACCAAAGCAACGUUAUCAGAUCACUCGACUACCUUCAUCUAGUCGUUCGCUAUUGAUUGGUAUCAGCGGUGCAGGAGCAGCACUAAACAUAUCAAAACUCUCAUCUGGUCGUUUCAAUGAAAGCAGCGAAUCCCUUGCCAAAGAUAGCUAUGAUAAUGAAAAUGAAGGCAUGGAUGACCAUGACGAUCUUGAAAGCGAUGACGACGACGACAAUGAUGAUAGUAGUAUAUCCCAAAAUGAAGGAUCAUUGAAGUGCUACUUACUCGACAAGCCAGCUGAACGCGUAGACGCAAUCAUCCAGUCAACCGUGGGGAUGCACAAUCAUGUUCUCGUAUGCAUGCAUGAAGAAUUUAUCAACCUGUUCAAGUUCAUCUAUAAUCUCAGAUCACCUCACUUGAGACAAGAAGAGUUGCAGGAUAUUGUUAUCUUAUGCACAGAGCUACCGAGUAUUAAAUCGUUCGAUUUGAUCAGUGCUUUCCCACGUGUAUACAUCAUGGAGGGUAAUUGUCGUCAGCCAGAUGAUCUUCUUCGAGCUGGUAUUAAGCGCGCAAAACAAGUCGUUGUUAUGAGCGAGAAAGAAUCCCCCGAGCUGCAAGGCGCAAGCGCUGAUAGUGCGGCAAUCAUGACAAGUCAUAUUAUCCAUUUACUGCUACACCGGCGUAAGAAGAUUCCUUACGUCAUUGUGAAUUUAGUGGAGCGGUCCAAUAUCAAGUUCAUGCAUUUAUUGCAAGGAAAACAAGUCGAUGAAGAAGUCGAUGUGCUUUAUACUCCUGCUUACGCAGCUGGUGACGUUGUAGCCGAUAGUCUUAUAAGCAAUGUGCUAUUGAGCCAGUCGUACUAUAAGCCGGACAUCGUCAAAGUUAUCAAAGCACUUAGUGGUAUGCCGCCUUCCAUCAUAUCAGACUCUAACAGCAGCAACAGAAGUAGUACCUCGCUCAGACGACGCCAAAAAAUCGAAAGCACUUGGCAUCAUGAUGAUAAUGAUAUAACUACCAACCAUACUACGACAACGACGUGGGAUGCCCAGCAUGCCUCCUCUAUAUCAUCCUCAAGACUCACGAGCAUACCAGUGCCAGGCAUGUUUGUCGGUCAGAAAUUCUCUCAUCUUUUUGAGUCCCUUUUACUAGAUCAAGGCGUACUUGCUCUGGGUCUCCUUCGUGCACCUGAUACGGCCAUGUUUGGCAACCAACUUCCGUUUGUCUACUCCAAUCCUGUACCAUCCUUAAUCCUUAGAGCGUCAGAUUCUGUCUAUGUUUUAGCACAACCAGGUUGGAUUCCCUCAUAUCAAAACUAA